AUGUUGCCUCUUGGUGCUCUCAUUUUCUUUGCUAUAGCUGCAGCUAUCGCUUUAAUCGCAAAGAAGACACUAUCUAAACCACAAAAGGAAAGCCUGAUUUCAAGAGCUAUACCCGCGGCCGCACCCCUCACACAACCUCUACCAUCAACAUGGUACAAGUCUGACGACAUUUAUGAACUUGAACGACGUGCCAUCUUUUCCAAGAAAUGGAUCUUGCUCACACACAAGAUGCGAUUUGAGCAGACUGGCUCUUGGGUUCGCUACGCUGAAGCUGGCUUUGACUUUUUCCUCAUUCGCAAUGCCGAGGGCGCCAUCAGGGGUUUCCACAACAUCUGCCGUCACCGAGCCUUCCCUGUUGUUGUCAAGGAUAACGGCCAGAACAAUGUCUUGUCUUGCAAGUACCACGGCUGGUCCUAUGGUAUGAACGGACAGCUUGCCAAGGCUCCUCUGUACCAAGAUCUUCCUGGUUUUGACCGAUCCAAGAACGGCUUGUUCCCUCUUCACACUCACGUCGAUGAGAAGGGCUUUGUCUGGAUCAACAUGGAUGCCAAGACCCAACCUGAAGUCGCCUGGAAUGAAAGCAACCGAACAGCCCGCUACAGCUCUUUCAAUCUUGAGGAUUACACGUUUGAUCAUGUCAAGCAGGAUACCAGCAGCUUUAACUGGAAGACUCUUGCCGACAAGUCCAGUGCCAACAGCAACGCCGCUUCCGAGAUCCAAGAGAAGGGGACUACACUUGUUACCGACUUUUACUUUCCCAACGCUUCCAUGACUAUCUCACCCCACUUCUUCUUCCUCUUGAGAUGCGUUCCUACAUCAGCCACCAAGUCUCAGCUCCAAUACGAAGUCUACCGCCACAAGAACGCCAGCAGCGAAGACUUUGCCAAGGUGGAAGAGAUUCUCCAGCAAACAGCCAGCCAGCACGAGGCCCCUGCAGAGAAGAACCUCCGAGCAGGUGUUCUCGUUGACCAGACUCCUCUUCAGUUCCAGAACCAAGUGUACCAACUAGUUGAGCACCACCGCAAGCUCGAGGGUGUCGCUGGACGCGAAAUUCGACCCGCGCAGCAGAUUCUUGACAAGUCUGCUACCAAGACUGAGCAGGAUGAGAGUUUGUUCUCUUCUUGUUCUGGUCUCUCGUGUGAUAAGAUUGGAAAGGAUCUUUCGUGGUAA